AAGAGCAAGGGUAAUAUGGUCAAUUGGCGAACUCUCGGUGAUGCCGUGCGAGACUGGCGACUGGAAGGAGUAGCAGCUGAGCUCUCUGGAGCAUUUCUUUUGUAAGCCUCCACCAAAGGCUAAGAGUAGCUCUCGUUCACUCAGCAUUUCGUCAAAGCCUCAAAAAAGUACCCAGUUAGAAGAAAGCCAUGGAUCUGGACCCUGCAGAACGUAGGUAUUUGGAGGAAGAGGAUACUCCACUGGUGAAGACAAUGAAGGGUGCAACAACAGGUUUCGUUACUGGAACUAUUUUUGGGACCAUUGUUGCAACAUGGUAUGAUGUGCCUCGUGUCGAGAGAAAUGUUGCUCUUCCAGGGCUAUUAAGGACCCUGAAGAUGAUGGGUAACUAUGGGAUGACAUUUGCUGCAAUCGGGGGAGUUUACAUUGGCGUUGAGCAGCUCGUGCAGAAUUACAGGAUGAAGAGAGACUUUGUCAAUGGAGCUGUUGGUGGUUUUGUUGCUGGGGCAACUGUUUUAGGUUUCAAAGGAAGGAGCAUUUCAACAGCAAUUUCUGCUGGAUCAGCAUUAGCAGUCACUUCUGCUUUAAUUGACGCUGGGGGUCAGACUACAAGAAUUGACAAUGGCAAGGAGUACUACCCUUACACCACCAAGAAAAGAUCCUCCGCCGAUUGAUCAUCGUUCAUUGCUGUAGUUGGAAAAGAAGACGCCAGCAUGUUACCGGAGAAAGUCAUCACUGUUUUUUGAACUGGUUGUAUGUCUCUGACCAGAGAUGGAAUCAUACUCUCGACUGUCUUGUGCGCUUUUUAAAUUUUGUUUUAUAGCUUGAACGAAUGAUGUAAUAAAUAGACUUUGCCAUGUUUUCAAAGUUAAGUUCGAUGUUAAUUUCUC